CGGAGGAGGGAAAGGGAUAGACAAGAAAGGCGCGUGACAAGGCUGUGUGUGGGGGGAUCACUUUCGAAGCGGCUUAGGGUCGGCUCUCGGUCCAGUUGUUCUGGCCGGGCCGUGCGGAGCGGCCACGGUCUCAUCGAGGCGCCCCCUCGCCAGGGGGAAAAGCAGCGAGGAGCCGCCGGUCCUCUUUAACCCCUUCCCCCGGCGGGAUGGGGAUGGGCCGUCCCACUGGGCGCGCGCCCCCGCCCCCCCGCGAGCCGCGUUCUUUCCGGAUCGCCGCCGCUGCUGGGUCCGCGGGGCGCGCGCGCGAACGGGCGGGAGCGGACGCGGAGGCUCCCGGCACCCGCCAGACAUGUCGGUGGCGUUCGCGGCCCCGAGGCAGCGGGGCAAGGGCGAGAUCACGCCGGCCGCCAUCCAGAAGAUGCUGGAUGAAAACAACCAUCUUAUCCAGUGUAUAAUGGACUAUCAGAAUAAGGGAAAGACUUCUGAAUGCUCUCAAUACCAGCAGAUGCUGCAUACAAACUUGGUUUACUUAGCCACUAUAGCUGACUCCAACCAGAACAUGCAGUCUCUACUACCAGCACCACCCACACAGAAUAUGCCUAUGGGUCCGGGCGGGAUGAGUCAGAGCGGCCCUCCCCCACCCCCGCGCUCGCACAACAUGUCUUCAGAUGGUAUGGUAGGUGGGGGCCCUCCUGCACCACACAUGCAGAACCAGAUGAACGGCCAGAUGCCUGGACCCAACCAUAUGCCUAUGCAAGGACCUGGACCCAACCAGCUCAAUAUGACAAACAGUUCCAUGAAUAUGCCUUCAAGUAGCCACGGAUCCAUGGGUGGCUAUAAUCACUCAGUGCCAUCGUCACAGAGCAUGCCAGUGCAGAAUCAGAUGACAAUGAGCCAGGGUCAGCCGAUGGGCAACUAUGGGCCCAGACCAAACAUGAAUAUGCAACCAAACCAAGGUCCAAUGAUGCACCAGCAGCCUCCCUCCCAGCAAUACAACAUGCCACAGGCAGGUGGCCAGCAUUACCAGGGGCAGCAGCCACCGAUGGGAAUGAUGGGCCAAGUUAACCAAGGAAAUCACAUGAUGGGGCAGAGACAGAUUCCUCCAUACAGGCCACCACAGCAAGGCCCACCACAGCAGUACUCAGGCCAGGAAGACUAUUAUGGGGACCAAUACAGUCAUGGUGGACAAGGUCCUCCAGAAGGCAUGAACCAGCAAUAUUACCCUGAUGGUCAUAAUGAUUACGGUUAUCAGCAACCGUCGUAUCCUGAACAAGGCUACGAUAGGCCUUAUGAGGAUUCCUCACAACAUUACUACGAAGGAGGAAAUUCGCAAUAUGGUCAGCAGCAAGAUGCAUAUCAAGGACCACCCCAGCAGCAGGGUUAUCCACCACAGCAGCAGCAAUAUCCCGGCCAACAAGGCUAUCCAGGACAACAGCAGGGUUAUGGUCCUUCCCAGAGUGGUCCAGGGCCUCAGUAUCCUAAUUAUCCACAGGGACAAGGACAACAGUAUGGGGGAUACAGACCCACGCAGCCGGGGCCACCACAACCACCACAGCAGAGGCCUUAUGGAUAUGACCAGGGUCAAUAUGGAAAUUACCAACAGUGAUAAAGUACUCACAUUCCGGUAGGCAAAAUCUAUUAGCAGCCAUAUUGUCUCCUCAGCACUGUGGACAUCUUCCCAAGAUGAGAACCUCCCAUUCCAUCUAGAUUUUGGAAAAAUCUUGUGGCUGUUUUAUGGUAUACAGUCUUUAUGGGUUAAUUGUUAAAGACUGUAGAUUCUCAGAAACUAGUUUCACAUCUCUACUCUAGAUGGCAAUAUUGGACUGAAAAUCUGUGACAUAACAAUUUGCAGUGAGUCGAGAACUGUAUGUCAAAUAUACUGUUACAGACUGAGAGGUGCAAACAGCUUUGUAUGUUUAUGAAGGUUAUGGGAAUUUAGUAUUUUUUCCACAGAUUUUUUUUGUAGGGGGAAAGGGGAAAUGCACACUUUUUACAGCAGCAAUAUUUUGUAUAUUAUGUUUUACAUGUGAUGAAUAUGCAAGACAGUACACUACUGUGGUGGUUGUCACAAGGGUUCUUGGGUGAAGGAAGAGACGAGAUCUUUGACUCCAUUAUCAGAAGGCUUGAUUUAUUAUUCUAUGAUAUAUACAUAUGCUAUAACUAUACUACAAAGAAAAAGCAG